AUGGCGGAAAACGAAGUCAAGCAGAUCAUCUCGCAACUCGAAGCCAUCAAACCCGCCCAGCUCUCCCAAGCACCACAACUGCUCUCGCGCGGCAAACUCGCCCUCCUGCACCUCAACGCCCUCGUCCCCACCGCCCAAACGCAGACCCCGCACCUCCUGCUCGCCUGCCACCUGCUCGAGCAAGGCGCGCUCGUCAGCAUCAGGCUCGGCGACACCGAUGCCUUUACGCGCUACUUCCAGCAACUGCAGCCCUUCUACUCCCUUCCGCCGGAGCGCUUAGGGAAUCAGGUGCCGGCGCGGACGGGGAAUCAGAGCAAGGUCACGGGGCUGUAUCUGCUGCUUCUCCUGAGUGGUGGCGACUACGCUGGCUUUCACACUGUGCUCGAAGGGCUGGAGACGACGCGAGGGAAAGAGCAGAUUGAGCAGGAUCAGUUCAUUCAGUACCCCGUGCGGCUGGAGCAGGCGUUGAUGGAGGGCAGCUACGACAAAGUGUGGAGCGAAACGGAUAAGAAACGGGUGCCGAGCGAGGAGUUUGAGAAGUUUUCCGAGAUCCUCAUCAACACUAUCCGCUCAGAAAUCGCCUCCUGCUCCGAACGCGCCUACCCCUCGCUCCCCAUCUCCAACGCCAAGAACCUGCUUUUCCUCGACUCCGAAGGUGCCGUCAUUCAGUUUGCUCAAGCCCGCGGAUGGAUCGCUAAGGACGGGCGGAUCUACUUCCCGCAACAAGAGGAGGAGCUGGCGGCGGCGGAGAGGGAUGUCAUGAGCAGUACUGGUGUGGUGAUUGAGAAUACGCUGGGAUACGCGAGGAAGCUGGAGACGAUUGUCUAG